GCGUUUCCUCCGCGGCCGCGCUGAGGCGAAGCGGCGGGCGGGACCAGCCGCCAUUUUCCCCGCCGUCACCUGAGGCGGCGUCUCCUCCUCCGCGCCAGACCAGUCCCUUUCCCCUGAAGGAGGGCGGAGGAGGCGGAGAUGAGCGGCGGCGGCGGCGUCUCCUCCUGACGCGCGGCCCCCCGGCGCGCCACUCCCGCCUUCCUCCUCCCGUCACCCCGAGGAGGAUGCUGAAGAUGAAGCUGCCGGCGAGGCAGCCUCAGGCCGGCCCGAGGGAGGCGGAGGAGGAGGAGGAGGAGGGCGACGAGGAGGAGAAGAGCCGCCGCUGCUGCUGCUGCCGCCACGCGGAGGGGCCGGCGGCGGUUGGGCGGCGGGAGCGCGGCGGCGGCGGAGGCGGCCUGUCGUGCCAGGCGAGGCGGCGGCGCGGGGCCGGCGCUGGGCCUCCCCCUCCUCCCCCUCCCAAUCCCCGGGCGUGCGGCCUGGGCGUCGGCGUCGGGGGCGCCCGCGAGGCGGUGUACGAGUGGUUCGGUCUGGCGCUGGGCUCGGCGGCGCGGCUGGAGUUCGCCGUGGGGCUGCUCGACCUCCUCAACCCGCUGGAGCUGCGCUUCCUGGGCUCGUGCCUGGAGGAGCUGGCCCGCAAGGACUACCACUGCCUGCGCGACGCCGAGGCCAGGGCCAACGGCAGCACCCCCGCGACCACCGCCAACACCGGCAGCAACGCCCCCACCGGGCCGCAGCAGCCGCCUUCGCAGACCCCCGGCCCGCCGCCGCCUCCGCCGCCCUCCUCCUCCUCCUCCUCUCCCGCCCCUUCGGCCGGCUCCCCUCCCCCGCCGCCCCCGGGCGACAACGGCGGCAGCAGCGACUUCCGCGACCCGGCCGCCCGCUCCAAGCUCAUCGUCUACUUGGCCCUGCUGGGCUCCGAGAACCGCGAGGCCGCCGCCCGCCUCCACCGGCUCCUGCCCCGCGUGGACGCCGUCUUGCAGAGCUGCCGGCCCCUCGGGGGCGAAGGGGAGGACGCCGGCCCCACGGACGCCGAGGAGGAGGCGGGCGGGCUGGGCUCGGCGGCCCGCGAGGAGCUGCUGCUGCUCUUCACCAUGGCCUCCCUGCACCCGGCCUUCCCCUUCCACCAGAGGGUCACGCUCCGCGAGCACCUGGAGCGGCUGCGCGGGGCGCUCGGCCGCGACGCCGAGGAGGAGGAGGAGGAGGGGGACGGGGUCCCCUGCCGCGGGGGACGGAACUUUUCCCAUAGCUGCCUGCCCAGUAAUGAGAACAGUUUGUAUGAACAGACAGCAGUGCUUCAUGAUAAACUUAUGAUGGCCUCCCACAGACCACAGCAAGAAGCUGUCCAUAUUGAGAAGAUAAUGCUGAAAGGUGCACCAAGGAAAAGGGCUGACAAACAUCUAGAAUAUACUUUCAAAGUAACCUGGUCUGAUCAUUCUAUAUCCUGUGUAACAAAAACACACCAAGAGCUACAAGAAUUUCUUCUAAAACUUCCAAAGGAACUCUCUUCUGAAGCAUUUGACAAGACAAUUUUAGGAGCACUAAACCAGGGCUUCCAGAAACAAGAAGAAAGACGACAUCCAGAUUUAGAACCUAUGAUAAGGCAGCUGUUUUCAACUACGUCACAAGCUUUUCUACAGCACCAGAGUGUGAACCACUUCUUUCAGUCUCUGUCAUCAGAAGCUUUGCACAGCCACAAUAACCAGUCUUCUUUAAAGACAUCUAAGACACCGGAACACUUCAAGGGGGACAGUUCAGAGGCUUCAAGUCAGGAAGAAGAAAUAAUACAGCACACAGCGGUCCAUAAGAAACAUAAUGGAAAAUGUCCUGUUGCCAAUGCAGUAAACACAAAAUGCUGUGCCAUGGACGGCUUUGAUACAACACAUUCUGAGCACAAUGGUAUGGCAGACUGGAGAAGGAAAAGCUGUGCUAUGCAGCAGCACCCAGAACACUGUACGCUACUUGAUCAGAUCUCAGGAGAGAAAAGGAGUUUGCCUGUAAUAAGUAAGAAGAAAGGAAAGCCGCAGUCAGACAAAGAGAGAGUCAAGAAAACGGACACCAGGUUAACUUUCAGAGCUAACUGUGUAAGAGUGUCAGAAAGUCUCCACUUCCACCCAGGAACAGCAAAAGAUUCAAAUUUAGACAUUACAAUUGGACAUGACACAUGUGGAGAAACCUCUUCAGAGAGUUACAGUUCUCCUUCUAGUCCACGGCAUGAUGGAAGGGAAAGCUGUGAAAGUGAAGAAGAAAAAGACAGAGAUACAGACAGCAAUUCUGAAGAUUCUGGCAACCAAAAUGUGUUGAGAUUUACUGCUUACAGCACUGGAGAUAUCAGUAAUUCACCUGCACAUAUUUCAGUGAGAUCACAAAACGGAACGAUUGUAGAAGAUCCUCUAAGUUCACAGUUUCAAAACAUUUCCUUUAUGCACUGUAUGAUGCACAACGGUGCACAGAAACCCGAGACAGCAAUUCCACCACGUAUAUCUCCUGACAGAAAAACUUUGGGAAUGGUCGGUGGUGGUCCUGUUCUCCAUUCACCAAUGAGAGAGCCUGCGAACUCAGCUGUUGGAAUGGGCUCAGCUGGUGAAUCUGAAAAACACACUGAACUUCUUUCUUCCCCUUUGCCGGCCGCCUUCCUUCCAUCCGCGAUCCAGCCAACAAUACACAGAAUGAAAAUCUCUUCACCGCAGACCUCGUCUGAAGGUUGCACCGUUGGCAGUCUGCAGCAGCAAACGGGGAAUUUAAGCAUUGGCUCACCAAACACUGCCUUUAUCCCAGCCCACAACCCGGGUAACUUUCCAGGAUCCACAGUUUCUACUACAGACCCGAUGUCAAAACCUGCAUCCCACGUUUUGGGCCUCAAUCAAGUGGUGCCUCAUAUUGAGGGAAACGCUGGAGUGAUCCCUCCGCCUUCCAAUCUAAAAGUAGUCGUUCCUGCAGCUGGUCUCUCAACAGGACUCCCGCCGGCUCCUUUUACUGUACCAGUGACUCUUCAUACUUCCAGUGUGUUGCCCAAUCAGAGUACAACCGUGCUGAACACUGUCGCCUCCACACCGCCUCCAUCAUCCGGUCUGUGUGUUAGUCAGGUCCAGCCUACUGUUCCUCCGGCGGUACCUACCCACACGCCAGGACCUGCCCCUAGCCCGAGCCCUGCUCUAACACACAGCACCGCACAGAGUGACAGCACGUCCUAUAUCAGUGCUGUUGGGAAUACUAAUGCUAAUGGGACUCUGCUAUCUCCACAGCAAUUGGGGUCUGGGCCGUGCGGGUCUUGUGGUCGCAGAUGUAGCUGUGGGACCAAUGGGAAUCUUCAAGUUAACAGUUACUUUUAUCAUAACCCACUUCACGGACAAGUCUACAGAGUUCCACCUUUCUUCCCUCUGCCGUCGCUUUGUAAUGGUAGCUACCUCAACCAAGCACACCAGACUAACGGAACGCAGAUUCCUUUUUACUUGCCUCGGGCCCCAUAUGCAAACGGGCUGAUGCAUGACCCAGUAAUGGGGAGCCAAACCAACUAUGGUAUGCAGCAGAUGGCAGGAUAUGGGAGGUUCUAUCCUGUGUAUCCAGCUCCAAAUGUAGUUGCCAGUGCUAAUGGAUCAGGGCCCAAGAAGAAUGGGAAUGUGUCCUGUUAUAAUUGUGGUCUUAGUGGGCACUAUGCACAGGACUGUAAGCAGUCAUCCAUGGAGGCCAGUCAACCAGGCACUUACAGAUUGAGAUAUGCACCUCCCCCACCCCCUUCUAAUGAUACGUUGGAUUCUGCUGACUGAAACCAAGUAAACAUUGCCUCCAUACCAAAACGAAGGUUGGGAAAUCUGGGGGAUUCUUUGGAUUUUGAGAGGUUCCUUGUGCGUGUGUUUUGUUUUUGAAAUAUUCUAUUGCAUUUUCUUCCCCCAUUGCUCAUAGCUUCUGUUCUAAUAUGAAAGGAGAAAGCAGUUUUGCUCCUGGUCUGACUUGCAUAAAGCAUGUUGCUAUCUCAGCCAAUCAAUCCGAUGAGCAUUUGAAUGACUAGACUUUUGCACUGAAGACAUAACACAUGCAAUGUUUACUGCAUUUUUUAAGAAGUAAUUUGACCUCCGACAACACUGGUUUGAACAGCCAUAUGGUUGAAAAGAGAAACUGGGUCAUGCUUCCUAAAGUCAUCUUCCACCUCCCCCCUCCUCAUGCUGCUCUUGAAUCUUCUUGCCCUCCCUUAGCUGGGUCUGCGUGUCUCCCUGGGACCGGGCGGGAUGUUCAGCCGUUCAUCUAGAUCCUGCCCAUAACACUAGUAACUAAAUUGCUCUGUCCGUGAACCCAUGGGGGCACUGGUUUCUUGAUAAACUGAAAACCCUCAACAGUACAUAUGCAUUAUUUGAUCAAUAUAUAGCUCUUACGUGCCUAAAUGAGAAUACAUGGGAUUGGGGAAGGCUUAAAACAAUGUGGACCUUAAAACUAAUUUCUGAAAUAGAAAUAAGUUGAACAAUUUUCCUUAGUUUUGUGUUUAUUUUUUUAAGCCUGUUGAUUCUAAAUUUGGGGGGGGGGGUGGCAGGGGGACUGGCCUGAAUGCCUUCUCAGCUUGUGUGUCCGCAUCUGUGAUGAAAGUCGGCAGUGAGCGAGUACCUUUUGUGCUCUAGUUUGUCAGUACAAAAAAAAAAAAAAUUACUUGAUCUUAAC